CCUCCCGAGGGCGGGCCCCGGCGGGCGCGGUGACGUCACGCAGGUCGGCGCGUCCCGGCGGCCGCGGUGGCUGGGCUGGAGAGGGCGGCGGUGGCCAGCGCGGCAGAGGGCCGGCCCGGGGCGCGGAGCCGCGGAGGGGUCACAGCUAAGGGACUCCCUGAGAUCGUGUCUCCGGCCUUUCACUGCAGGGGAAGGCACCGGAAGGCCGACUGACCACCAUGUCAACAUUCAGGCAGGAAGAUGUGGAGGACUACUAUGAGAUGGGGGAGGAGCUGGGCAGCGGCCAGUUUGCCAUUGUGCGGAAAUGCCGGCAGAAGGGCACCGGGAAGGAGUACGCGGCCAAGUUCAUCAAGAAGCGUCGCCUGUCGACCAGCCGGCGGGGGGUCAGCCGGGAGGAGAUCGAGCGGGAGGUGAACAUCCUGCGGGAGAUCCGACACCCCAACAUCAUCACGCUGCACGACAUCUUCGAGAACAAGACGGACGUGGUGCUCAUCCUGGAGCUGGUCUCGGGCGGGGAGCUCUUCGACUUCCUGGCGGAGAAGGAGUCGCUGACGGAGGACGAGGCCACCCAGUUCCUCAAGCAGAUCCUGGACGGCGUCCACUACCUGCACUCGAAGCGCAUCGCCCACUUCGACCUCAAGCCAGAGAACAUCAUGCUGCUGGACAAGAACGUGCCCAACCCACGCAUCAAGCUCAUCGACUUCGGCAUCGCCCACAAGAUCGAGGCGGGGAACGAGUUCAAGAACAUCUUCGGCACCCCCGAGUUCGUGGCUCCCGAGAUCGUCAACUACGAGCCCCUGGGUCUGGAGGCAGACAUGUGGAGCAUUGGUGUCAUCACCUACAUCCUUCUGAGCGGCGCCUCCCCGUUCCUGGGCGAGACAAAGCAGGAGACCCUGACCAACAUCUCGGCCGUGAACUACGACUUCGACGAGGAGUACUUCAGCAACACCAGUGAGCUGGCCAAGGACUUCAUCCGCCGGCUGCUUGUCAAAGACCCCAAGAGAAGAAUGACCAUCGCCCAGAGCCUGGAGCAUUCCUGGAUCAAGGCGAUCCGGCGGCGGAACGUGCGGCGGGAGGACGGCGGCCGGAAGCCGGAGCGGCGGCGCCUGAAGACGGCGCGCCUCAAGGAGUACACCAUCAAGUCGCACUCGAGCAUGCCCCCCAACAACACGUACGUCAGCUUCGAGCGCUUCUCCAAGGUGCUGGAGGAGGUGGCCGCGGCGGAGGAGGGCCUGCGCGGCCUGGAGCACAGCCGGCGCCUGUUCCACGAGGACAUCGAGGCGCUGACGGCCAUCUACGAGGAGAAGGAGGCCUGGUACCGGGAGGAGAACGAGAGCAUCGGCCAGGACCUGCGGCGGCUGCGGCAGGAGCUGCACAAGACCGAGGCGCUGCGGCGGCAGGCCCAGGAGGAGGCCAAGGGCGCCCUGCUGGGGGCCAGCGGGCUCAAGCGCCGCUUCAGCCGCCUGGAGAACCGCUACGAGGCCCUGGCCAAGCAGGUGGCCUCCGAGGUGCGCUUCGUGCAGGACCUGGUGUGCGCCAUGGGGCAGGAGAAGCUGCAGGCCGGGGGGUGCGGCCUCCGCUAGGGGCGGGCGG